AUGGAAUUGGAACCACAACCAGAGACGUCUGCGCCGUCGCAUCGCCGUCGUUCAAGCUGCAGUAACUGCAAUCGGCCACUCCCAGUCUGUCUCUGCCACGUAAUCCCCACCUCACCAAUUCCAACUGCGACACAAAUCAUAAUAAUUCAACACCCACACGAAUCCCGCCACAAGCUCAAUACUACACCUGUACUCACCAAAUCCCUACUCAACGCCACCUCUCUCAUAUCCCGCCGCCUAACCCCUAACCUCCACCCUCUCCUCACCGACAACCACCCCUCUCCGGCUACAUUUUACCUCUUCCCUCCUACCCAUUCUUCGCCGGCCAUAACCUUAUCGGACCUCAAAAAAUCCGUUAACGAAUUCCGAAAUACCAACAAUGUUCCUGUGGUUUUAAUCGUGUUUGAUGCGACAUGGAAGCAUGCGAAGGAGAUGGUGAGCGCAAGCGAAGGAUAUUUAAGCAAAUUCUCUACGAGAGUGUGUUUGGAUGGAUUUGAUGAGGGUAGGGAAGGAGGGAGCAUAUAUGACUCGGAGUUGGUAUUGCGGAAGGAGCCGUGCGGUGGUUGCGUGAGCACUUUGGAGGCGGUGGCAAGGUGGUUGGGGGCGAUGGAGGAGAAUGGGCCGGAGAUUGAAGAAAGAUUGAUUGUGGUAUUGAGAGAGAUGGUUAGGUUGCAGGCUCAGUUCUUGAAGCCCAUGAAGCCCAGGCCCAAGAAGGCCCAAAAUUGAUCUAGGCUUCUACUCUACUCUGCUAGUGUUCCCAUUAUCGUACUCCUUGUUCCAUUAUUGGUAUGAAUUUAUGAAAUACACUCUUUUUUUUAA